AUGGGAUAUGUAUGUGAACCAAAAAAGUCAAUUUCGUUAGCGCUUCACGCUAAGGCUAACGUUCAAAAGCGUGAAGGGUUGAAUCAUCAAGCACAACCCGUUAAAACUCAGUUUAACACCGAAAGAAAUCCACAGAAGAAUCCUGUUUCUUCGAAUGUAUUAAAGCAGAACAAUCAGAAACAGAAUAGCUUAAUUGACCGAGGAAAGUCAACCCCGAAAGCUUCGAGUUCUAACGUCGGUCCACAAGCAAGAAAGCCGGUUUCGCAGAAACUGAGCCAUAAAAAGGAACCUUAUUCCAGCCGAAAAAAAAAAUGUUCCAUAGAAGAUACUAAUCAUAAUACUAAUAAUAAUGUUAUUCGCGAUAGAAGUUAUAGAAGUAACAGUAGUGAUGUUGUUUCUUUCACUUUCACAGCUCCAAUUGCAUGCCCGGUGAUCUCUAACAACGGUUUUCCGCCCGAUAAUCAAAGUAAAAAUGCACCCGACUCGACCGGUAACGAUUCAAACUCAUCAUCUUUGACAUGUAAUGUUAUUGGAGCUGAUGCUUUAAGUGCUCUUUUGGAGCAAAAACUGAGGGAAUUAACCGAUAGUCCCGUUUCGGUUUCUCAAGAUUCUUUGUUAGCAACGAAAACCGACAAUGGAGAGGAUUCGAGUAACGGGUUUUCUUCAUACAAGCCGAAUGAUGAUUCAAGUUACGGGUUUUCUUCGAGUGAUUAUUUAGAACUUACGAAGAAGCAUCAGAAGCUCGAUCUGGAUUCGAGUUACGGGUUUUCUGCCAAUGAUCAUUCAGAACUCAUGAACAAGAAUCAUAAGCUCAAUUUGGGCCAAGAUCUAAUGAAUACAGAUGAUUUAGGUUACGGGUUUUCUGUUAACGAUCGUCAAGAACCAAUGUUUCAUGACUACGCGUAUCAGAAAUAUCUCUUUGGUAACUUUGGCAGACAACCGAGCCCGGAUUCGGUGCUCAAACCAUCUUUUAACACUGAAAGCUGUAACUCUUCAGACACUGUCGAUACAUGCAAGCAAGAUUCAGCUUCGGUUCUAGCCCGAGAGCUAACCGCUCCAAAAUUUUCAACAACCCCGAGCCCGAUGGAUGUCGAUACCGAUCUACUAGACUCGGCUUCUUCCAUCACAAUGGUUACCAAAUGGGAACCUGAGUACGUAACCGAAGUGCUUGCAAAUAUCGAAACAAUGUUUGUCGACUUCACCAUAGGCAAGACUCGAAACAUCGUGAACCCACGCGUGUUUGACCGGUUAGAGUUCGGUAGACCCAACGAAGAACCGACUAAGUUAAGACGUGAGCUUGUGUUCAAUACGUGAGUGAGUGUAUGGAGACACGGUGUAGGGUGUGGGCUAAAGGAUUAGCAACGGUUAGAAAACCGGAGCAGUUAGCUCAAGAAGUGUACCGAGAGAUUACAGGGUGGGAAGAUAUGAAAGAUAGUAUGGUUGAUGAGCUCGUUGAUAAGGAUAUGAGCGGUUGUAGAUACAAGAAUAUACAACUUCUAUAUGAUUUUUUUCAUCAUUUUAAGGUUUAAGGUUUGAGUUAUGUUUCCG